AUGGUGAUUGGCGUAAAUAAUAUACUCGAUUGUCUCGAGUUAAAUACGCCUUCUAAGAAACGUGAUAUUGAAGAGAUAAUCCGCAAUCAACGUCAAAAUAAUAAUGAAAAUUCUUCAUCAAUACAACUUUAUCAUCUUAUAAUCGAUGUUGAUACAACAUUAGAACGUCUAUAUGGUGGUUUUUAUCCAGAUUGGUUAGCUGGUGGUGAAUGGUCACAUCUUUAUUCAUAUAUAUUAUCAUUACUUAGAACAUGUCAAGAAUUAUCAUUAUGUCUUAUAUUCUGUUUCGAUGGUACACUUUAUCGUUAUGGACAAUCUCAAUGGUAUUAUGAACAAAUUCAACAACGAAAAAAAGUUAAUCAAAUAUUUAAACAUUUAAAACAAAAUAAAUCUGGUUUACCACGUCGUCAUUUAUGGUUAUCACCACCAGCAUUUCAAUUAUGUUUAAGAACAAUUUUACGUGAAAUAAAUUCAUCAUAUUUAAUAAUGUAUCAAACAUGGGGUUAUGGACAAUGUCAACAUCAAGAACAAGUUAAAAUAUAUGCUAGACAAUAUAAUCAAAGUUUAAUUGGUAUUGUUUCAUCUGAUAUUGAAUUUUUAUUUUCUACAAAAAUAAAUAAUAAGAAUAUAUUAUUAAAAUAUUUUUCUUCGAAAAAUUUAAAAUUAUCAUUAAAAGGAAAAUUAACACUCGUGGAAAUUAAAUUAAAUCAAUUAAAAGAUAAAUUUUCUCUUGAUAAUAAACAAUUUUCUCUUCUUUUAACAUUAUUAGGAAAUCAUAUUAUAUCUGAUAGUGAUUUGAUACAUUUUCAUAAUGAUAUACUUCAUAAUCGAGAUAUUGCAACACCAUUAUCAAAACGUACUUUACUUAAAAAUAAUGGAACUGUUUCACCACCAAUAGUCGAUUCAUCUAUGUCAGAGACGAAAACAGACUUAUGUUCUCCUGAUAAUAAUACACUUGAUACAAGUGAAGAACAUCAACAAACAUCAUCAGUAACCUCACCAGUAGAUUUUUCUACACAAUCUCGUUUAAAUGGAAAUAAUCUUUCAAUAAAUUCAACUGUUGAUCAGCUUAUUCCACGUCUUGUUGAUUAUAUUCGAAAACAAAACGUUGAUAAUGAUAUUGAUUUUGAUUUAAUUACUAAUCAAGUUUUCAAACAUUUAACAGAUAAUGAAGCACGCAAAACUAAAACUCAAUUAUUAAUUAAUUCUUAUCAAUAUUAUGUAAAGGCUAUCAUUGAUAGUGAAUCAGUAAUCGAUUCUGUGGAAUCGUCAGAAACGUCUUUCUGUUCUAAUUUUUCUUCUAGUCAAGUAUCAGUGAAUAAGUCAGAUGAAAAUAUAAUAUUCGAAAAUUGUUCAGGUGCGAAUAUCGAAGUAAUACGUACUGCUUUUAAUCUUCACAAACAAGGUUUAAUGAUGCCAUGGAUCUUUCAAUGUCUUUACAAACAUGAAAUAACAUUUUCCGUAACAAUUGAACCUGAAAUGUGCAAUACAAUCCCAGGUGUAUGUGAAUUUUUUCGUCCAAUACGUAAAUAUCUUUAUUCAAUUUUAUUUGAUAAUAAUACAAUUAUACGUGAACAAGUUUAUAAUAGUGAACAUGGAUCUUAUUUAACAGAAAUUGUUUGUGAACAAUUAUUAUUAAAACAUACAAUUGAACAACUUUGGUUUGGAACAAGUCCUGAUGAAGAUCGUCAAUUACGUAUGAAAACAUUUUUACAAUCAUUAUAUUAUUGUGAUCUACCAAAAAUUUAUUCAAUAUCAUAUGAUUAUCUUAUAUUUAUAUGUAUAUUACGUUAUAUAUAUAUGGAAUUUUUUCGUUAUUCAUCAACAUCAGCUAUUUUACAUACAUAUGAAUUAAUGGCAUUUAUAUCUCAAGCUGUUCUAAUAACAGAAUUACAACCAAAACCAUUAAUGAAUAUGCAAUCAACAAAUUUUUUAAAUCAAUAUGAUCAUAUACAAAUAAUAAAUUAUGAAACACGACCAAUACAAUUAGCACAUUUAUUUAUGCGUGGUUUUGAAACAAUUUUAUUUGCUAAUGAAGUAUGUGGUGCACCAAUACAUCCAAAAUAUUGUUGUCCAUCACAUUUUUUUAAUGGAAAAUUAUUUCAUCAGAAAUAUUUACAAGCUCAAUAUUAUCAACAAAAUCAAGAUUUAAUGAUCAUAUUAUGUGAUGGAAAUGCUCAUUUUGCUCAAAUUGGCUCUCAUUUACUUGAUAUUAUACUCGAUCGAGCACCAAAUGAUAAUGUUCAUCAUACUCCAAUACAACAGCAACAACAAUAUCCGUAUCCUGUAGUACCACAACAACAGCAACAACGUAUUUUGAAAAAUCCAUCACGACAAGGGCGUGCACAAACACUUUUAGCAAAUUCUACACGUCCACCAAUGCGUACUAAUAAUAAACAAUCAACAACACAUGAAUUUAAUAAUCAACAACAAACGCCAAUCUCAAAUUAUCGCCAACAACAGCAACCACCACCAGUUAAACAAACUGGUCAUAUGAAAAAUAUUGGAACUAAAAAGAAUAAUAAUGGCACUCCAUUCAAUGCAAAAAAUCAUCAACCAGCAAUGGAAUUCAACACUCACCCAGCAGCAAAUAUGAAUUUUGCUACACCACUACAACAACAUCAGCCGUUAUCUACUAAUCAAUGGACUACUGCAACAACAUCAACAGUACCUUCCAAUCAUUUACACAUGCAACCACAACAUCAACAAACUCAUUCAAUACAUAAUAUGCAACCUAUACCUCUUCAACAUCAACAACCAAUCAAUAAUAAUUUUAUCAAUUCUCUUGAUGAACAAUUUGUUCAUCUUCAACUUCAUCCACAACCUGUUGCAACAACACCAGCACCUAUUCCAUAUCAUCAUCCAACACAAAUAAUAAAUCCUCAUAUUUCAAUGGCACCAUAUAAUCAUCUUCAUCCUCCAACAGCAUAUACUAUUACAAAUGGACCAACAUUCUAUCAACCAUCACCAACAUCAGCAAAUUCUUUUCAACAACCUUUAACAACACCGUAUCAUCCUCAUCAUCCUCAAAUAUUGCCUGGCCUUCCACCACAUGCACCUAUUGCUCCACAACGAACAGUUAAUUUUACAACAGUAAUGCCAACAAAUAAUACUAAUUCGAAUACUUAUCAACAACAAUCACAACGUGUCUCACCAACUUCAAUACAAGCACAAGAAUUGAAUAUACAAGCAUUACAACAACGUAUUAUUGAACAGCAAAAACAUCAACAGACACCUAUAUCAAUUCAAAGACAAAUGAAUAGAUUACCUACUGGUGAUUAUACUCAAUAUGACAUUCAUCGAUCAACAGCAAAUAAUGGAAUUCCAAUAGCUGUGCAAUCAUGUCAUCACCCGUCCAUGAUCGCCGAACAUCAACAACGACCCCAUGGCCCUUGA